AUGAUUGGAUACGCUUCGGAAUAUUUUAUCGAUAACAAUCGAGGGAGAAGCAGACGAAACGUCGACGAUGAACCUGAAGAAUCCGAGGGUAGAAGUCCCAUAGGUCCGUGGCCACACGGUUUAAGUUCCGUUUUUGCCGGAUUAGGUUGUACCCUCGGCCUUUUUAACAUCAGCAGAUUUGCCGUAUUGAGCAUACAUUUCGGGUCAAAUUUCAUUUUGCAAUUUUUAAUGUUGUCACUCAUAUUAGGCGUACCUUUAUUAGCUUUUCAUGCGUCAUUAGGACAAACUUUAGGAGCCGGACCGAUAGACAUGUGGAAAAUUUCACCACUUUUCCAAGGUAUCGGCGUGGCAUUAUUAUUAGCUCAAGCACUUAUAGGAAUGUAUAGCAUCGUCGGAGUUUCCUGGAUGUUUGUUUAUUUUCGAGAUUCGUUUAUAACGAAACAAGAUUCUUUUAGAUGGGCAGAACCGUUUAGACAUUACAGAGAAGAUAAUUUUUUCGCUACAUCGAUAUUAAAUAUGAGCAGAAGACUGGAAGAAACCGUGCCUGAUUAUUUAAAUGUGGUAGUUUUACAAAGACAUGCUUUAUCAUCACCUGAAAAUGCUUUCGGGCAUUUAAAAUUUCAACUAACGUUUAAUUUAGCCGUCGUUUGGAUGAUUGUUUUCGUAUCGCUUAGCAAAGGUUUACGAUCUUACGGAAAAGUCGUUUACGUUUUUUCUGUAGUACCUGUCCUAGGAGUAUUAAUUAUUAGUUCUAAACUUUUGGGUUUGAUACCAGUUUAUAGAGGAUUUUUUCCACAAACGGAAUGGUCGGAAUUUUUUUUAAAUCCGAAAAGUUGGAUUUCUGCGGCCACAGAAGUUAUGUUAACGUGGAACCUACUCGGAGCCGCAACUAUGCAAGUUACUAGUCAUAAUCGAAGUGGUAAAAAAUUAUGGCGUGAUAUCGCAACAAUUGCUCUGCUGACGCUUACAGUUUUAAUAUUAGCCGCAUUUUUGGGAAAUUUAUGUUAUCAACUGAUUUCUCUAAAAGGAUACACUUACGUUCCAAGUUCUUUCGAAAGAAUUUCUACUUACUCAUUUCUUCGACCUCCUGGAAUGCCUUUAUUCCCUUCCAACUCCAUUCCACUUCGUCACAUGUCGCAUGCAUCACUCGUUGCUGGAGAUAGGGUUUCAAAACCUGGAGCCGCACAUGAAAGCGGUUAUCAAGUUAUAAGGCUUGCAACCGAACUUAUUCCCGCAACGUUAGCAAUUUUAGACGGAAAUUACUUAUCGCCGUUUUGGGCGGUGCUCUUUUACUUCACAUUAAUACUAUUUGGUAUAGCACAACAAUUAGCCAUAUGGCACUGUGUUAUAACUGGAAUAAUGGCAAUAAAUGCUCCUACGUUAAAGUCAUGGGAAACAACCAUAACAUUUUUCACUUGUGCAGCUGGAUUUAUUUUAGGUCUUCCAAUGACAACAGAGCUCGGAAUUUUCGUCGUUUACUUUUUGGAUUACUGCCUCGGUGGAGGUUGGUGGGUCAUCUUGUUGACCCUAAUGGAAAUCUGCGCUAUACUCAUGGUGAGAGGUCGACCUUAUUCCGGAGAAAAUAUUUGCAUAGCUCUUUUUGGAAAAAGAAGCAAUUGCAUCUCAUUGUGGGCAGUACCGUUGUUAACAUUCACGUGGAAUGUUGUUAUGCCUGUUGCUUUGCUAGUUAUGAGCAUUACCAUUUUUAAAAGUGGCGGCUACCGAGAUCUCUGGAUAUGGAGAUGCGGAAAAGGAGAUUAUUGGCCCUUAUGGACUCGAGAAGUCGGAGUUUUCGUUCAAAUUAUUCCACUUCUUUGCAUUCCAAUAAUUGGCUUAGUACAAUGUUACAAAUACUUGUCCAACGGACCUGCGGAUAUUUUUGAUAGACUGGCAAAUUUAUACCGUCCGGCAGUAAAUAUAAGCGGUAUUGCUGAUGAAGACAACACAGCCACAAAUUCUAAUACACCUUCCAAUGACUCAGGGACUAACAGCUCAACAGAAUUACCUCCAGCAGAAGACCCUCCGCCAAAAUACACACCGCCACCUUCAUAUUCGACUGCAACAGGAACAAGAAUAGCAAAGUUAUUGCGCCAAAGUUUUAGAAGGAGUGUUCGUAGAAUUCAAAACGUUCUAGGACCGGAAAUAGUUCAACCUCCCAGACCUCCUCCCCCAGAUUAUGCUUCCGUAUUAGUUGAAAUGAAUUUGAAUAGAAACGAUUGCCGAGAAAAUAUGUCUCCAUCAUCUGGUGCAAAUACUUUUACAGCAGCAGGUAAAAUAAGUAAAAAAAAACAUGCCCAACGUUUAAUUAUAGAAGUUUUUUAG